AUGGGGAUUCAAGAGUUCUUUCAUUUAACAGUUUUCCUCUUCAUGUUGGUAUUGUCUCGCUCAGUUGUUGCUCAGUACCACCGUGAUACACGCGAAGUCUCCAUCUUUGGUAAGAUGCUUCAAAAACACAUUUUUAAAACAAUCACUGGAGCUGCAUUCGGUGAUGUGUGUUUGCGGGAGUGUUAUCGUGACGUCAGAUGCCAAAGCUUUAACUAUGUGUUCACACAAGACAAGUGUGAGCUGAGUAACCGCACAAAGGAAGCCAGGCCUGAAGAUUUUGUACCCAACUCUGAGAGAUAUUACUUCAGACGAGAUAUGAAGAGAGGUGAGCGUUAAGGCAAAAUGAUUUAGCUAACUGUUUUAGAGAGGGAGAUAUUGCAUUUUUCCUUCACUUUGUCAUUUUCUUAUUUUCUAGCUAUUCUCGGUGCCAUUCCAGAGCUGUCUGCAGACUCGUGCAAGGAGAUCAAGGCGAGUGAAGGUGGACAAGCGGUCAGCGGAAAAUACUGGCUGAAUUUCAUCAAACCUGACACUCCUGUGUUGGUUCAUUGUGACAUGAAAACCGAAGGUAGAGUAGGACAGUUAAACAGAAUGGACAUGCACUAUAAAGUAUGUGCCUCGCAUAAAAGCUAAUGGUCAGCUUUUCUCUUAGGUGCAACUCUUUUUUGUUGUUAGUCGUAAGUCUGAUCAUUUGUUGAAGGGAACACUUGGAAAAGAUUGUUACUAUUUCAAAGAAAAUUUAGACUUUUUCUUGAUCGUAUAAGAUUUUUUCCUUGGGAACUAGUUAUGAAGCUGCAAGGAGCUAUUCUGUCAGCCCUUCCAGAGCAGAUGGCUGACUCUUAAUCUAACAGCAGAAAACUAAAAUCAACUGAAAUAAAGUCGCAUCAUCCACAAAUAAGCGCCUGCGCAUUUCCAAACAUGGCGGAUCUUUUUUAUUAAUCCUAUCUUUUAUCUUAGUUAUUUUUUUUUAUAUCUCAAUCAUGUACGGCAGUAGAUGACAGCAAGAAUUUCAUAUUCAUAGAAUUGCAUAUUCAUAGGAAUCUAAGUUUUUCAAUGUAGGAUUUAAUAAAUCUUGACUCGUUCACAUCCUACUAAGUAAGGUGAAUGCACUGUUCGCUUUAAUUUCCAACACCAAGCAACGAUUCAAUAUGUUAUUGGAAUGAUCUACAUAGAAACUCUUACAGAGCCUGCUCGAUAAAGCUGUUUGAAACUCACACCCUUGGGUUUUUUUAAUCAACUGUGACUAACUUGAUAAAAGUGGAUCUGAACAAUAAUUCGCUUAAAAAUUGUUCUUCUUUAUCAAUGCAUAUUAUCGCUCUAAACGAUUUGAAUUUUCAUUAACAGAUUCUGACGAAUGUAAUGCCUCAUUUAGCGUUUGCGAUGUGAAUGCUGACUGCAAAAACACUCUGGGAUCGUAUCGCUGCUCUUGUAGAGCUGGGUUUUCUGGAAAUGGACGUAGCUGCAAAGGUGGGAAGAAAUUUGAUCAAAAACGUACAUUAAUCAUUAAGCAAUGUCGUUGCAAGGUGUUGUUUCGCUGAGCUUUCUUCAACUAUUACUUUAUAAGAUCUGAAAUUGCUUCGCGUGAACAAUUUAUUCUUCAUUUAAAUGCAAAAGUUCGGUACAAAUGUGAUGAAAUCUUCGCAUUGCUUUCUUUCGAUUCGAUAUUCUUUAAUUCUAUCUUGCUGCAAAGAGUUUACUUUGCACGUCAGCGAUGAGUCGGGGCUUCCAUAAUCAACCCUAGACAUCUUACACUUUAUUUUCCAAGUGUUGACCCUCUCUCUCGGCUCAUUGUCCAAUUGAAGGUGAUAAAAUACUGGGGAAAAAAUAAAUACGUAAAGAUAAGGGCCACAGAAUUUGCAUAGAAGAGGAAGAAGUAACUUGGCUUUCCUUUUUUAACAGAUCUUGACGAAUGCAGCGCUUCACCAUCAUUUUGUCCAAUCAAUGCCGAUUGCGAGAACACCAUGGGCUCUUAUCGCUGUUCCUGCAGACCUGGAUUUCUUGGCAAUGCAACAACCUGUUACCGUAAGGAUAUUUGGAUUUUUAACACAGCCAGACUAACUUGUUAUUUUCAACGCUUCUAUUUCAAUUCGCAUUUUUUGUGGACAUUUUCCUCAAAAAUUUCACAGAUAUCAUAUUCAUAACCAGAAGCCCGUUACUAAAUAGUACAUUUCAGGCGUAAAUACUUUUUUCUUUUUAAAGGUACUUUGAAUCUCAAAACCGAUGGGAGAAGGGGACGCUUCGGCACUAUACAGACCUUCACUGUUCCACGGACCACUCGCUAUCUCAUCAAAACCUGGGGAGCUCGGGGAGGAACACAUUCCUACGAUUAUGGAUACCUUCCAGGAACAUAUUAUGAUGGAAAGGGAGCGUUUAUAGAAGGCAAGUUCAGACUGAAUAAUGGAACAGUGUUAAAUAUUGUGGUGGGACAAAGAGGAGGGGAUUCGGUGGAAGUAAAAGGUGGAAAUAGCACUAAAAAGACAGCAGCUCAAUUAGGAGUGUCCGUGGAAGACAAUGCUGGCACUGGAGGAGGGGGAGGAAGUUUUGUUUAUACUGCAGAUAACGUUUUGUUGCUGGCUGCUGGAGGAGGAGGGGGUGCGUCUGGUGGAUAUAAUGGUGUGGAUGGUCAGGUUGGUUCAAAUGGCAUCGGUAGUGUGGGGAAAGAAUCCUCACAAGUUCGAAAUGGAGGCACAGGUGGACAGCCAGGUGAAUGCAGCAGUAACGGCGGUAACUACCAUGGAGGAGUAGGUGCCGGUUGGUUUGGUCAAGGUUGUACCCGACUGGGCACCUCCCAUGGGGAAAGAGGUGGAUCACGCGCUGAAGGCUGA